AUGUUGGCUAAGGAUCAUUUUGUUGCAAAUGUCGGCAGUGGGGAUUUACGCGUCAGUCUUCGUAGCGCUAAACCUAUAACACUGGAGGCUGCUAUUGGCCUGGCUGCGGAGUUGGAGUUAAUUAAAGGGUUAGAGAGCGGGUUGACUCCCGAUGCCAGGGUGCGUGGAGUGGUUGAGAAACCCGCUAGUGAUGAGCGGAUCAACACUCUCCUUGGAGUUGUAGAAGGGUUAAGACAGGAGGUCCAAUCUCUGCAAGUUACUGUACAGGCAAUGGCUAAACCCAGGAAACUAGAAGGGGUGGGCACAGAGGGCCAAAUGCUCACCCCUCCAUCUGUCCCCAUGGAGGCCCCUGUUCAUUUAAAGGGCGGAUCCGGUUAUCUUAAAGCUAAGAUAGAACCCCAAACUGUUAUUAUUCAGUCUGAUACUGCAGUGGCACCACGUAGCGAAACCAUCGUUUGGGGCCAGGUUCAGAACAGGUGGGGAGACUACGCAGAAGGGCUGCUGGAACCUGCCGCUUCCAUAUCCAAACACUACCCCAGUAAGCCGUUUAUCCUGGACACAGAUGCAAGUGAUGCAGGUAUUGGGGCAGUGUUGUCUCAGGAGGAUGGGGGACUGGAGAGAGUCAUAGCAUACGCUAGCAGGGCCCUUACGAAGCAGGAACGCAAAUAUGCUACUACAAAAAAAGAGCUCUUGAGUAUGGGUUUGGAAGGACAGUUGGCUCGCUGGGUGGAACAGCUGCCAAGUUUUCAGUAUAGGAUUCUUCAUCGCCCAUCGACAACCUGGCGAAUAUUUGAAUAUAAACGCCAGGUUGUCGAUGGGCCAAUGCUGGAAGAUCCUGACCUGCAAUCAUAUGCCCCUGUGUGGGAUCAGCUCCAGGUGCAGGGCUCUAGACUGUGUCUCUACUGGUGGGCAUCUGGGAGUACAAAAACUGCGGGGAAGGUGAAAGACCGGUUCUAUUGGCCUGGGUGGUUUCGGGAUGUAAAGCAAUGGGUUGCGAAAUGUGUAGAUUGUGCUUCUCGCAAGACUCAGGGGAAACAACCAUGUGCUCCCUUGCAGCCAUCGGUGGUGUCAAGGCCCUUUGAACGGGUGGCGCUUGACAUUCUCGGGCCCCUCCCGGAGACCCCCCAAAAAAAUAAGUACAUCCUGGUUGUUGGGGACUAUUUUUCUAAGUGGACAGAGGCUUUUCCAUUGCCUAAUCAGGAAGCGGGCACUAUUGCUAAGGUUCUGACUGAGGAGUGGGUGUGUCGAUUUGGGGCGCCACGCAGUAUCCACUCGGACCAAGGGCGUAACUUUGACUCAAACCUGUUUAGGGAAUUAUGUAAGCUCCUGCAUAUCCAUAAAUCUCGGACAUCCCCUUACCACCCCCAGUCUGAUGGGAUGAUCGAGCGGUUUAAUCGGACUCUGUUGUCCAUGUUGUCUCUUUUUGUGGGGGACAACCAGUUGAACUGGGACACACUACUGCCUUAUGUCAUGCUGGCCUACCGCAGCAGUGUUCAUGCAAGUACUUCCUUCACUCCCUAUAAAGUAUUGUUUGGCCGAGAAAUGGUUUUGCCCAUUGACAUCAUGCUAAAAGUGGACGGUCAGGAGGUAUUUGCCUCUGUGGAUAAUUAUGUGUCUAGGCUUAGCGAUACGCUGUCCACUGUAAUCGAAGCAGUUAAAAAUCACCAGUUGAAGGCCUCAGUAUAACAGAAGAAGUCGUAUGAUUUUAGGGCUAAUUUCCAAUACUAUUCUGAGGGAGAAUUGGUCUGGGUAAGGAAUACAGCCAGGAAGCGUGGGGUGUGUCCAAAACUGCAGAGGCAGUUUAAGGGUCCUUAUAGAGUUUUGGAGAGGGUGACGGAUGUGCUGUAUAGGCUGGUGCUAGAAGAGGGAGGGAAGGAGAGUGUGGUGCACUUCAAUCGUCUUAAACCUUUCACUGCUUCUUGGACAGAGUCAGCAGCUGCCCCGCUGCCCUCCAGGGGAGUCGGAAGGAAAGACAACUGGAUGCCUCCUGACCAGCGGCGAGCGGAAGUCCAGCUGGGCGCCAGUUGGGUCCAUCACCGCCAUCCUGGGAGACAUGGCCCUGUUGAAGUGGCACCACCACUGCAUCGGACUGAUGUGGAUCCUGCUUCAGAGGGCGGUGGAGGAGCACAGAGGCCAGUCCCCUCAGGGGUUCCACCAGCCUCUGAAGUAAUGUCAUCUACAGAUACAACAGCAUCGAGGCCACGGCCAGGGGAAAAUCAAGGUCCAGGUGUUGCGCCUGUGGAAGGGGGACGUCCAGUGCGCCAACGGCGACCACCAGCGUGGUCCGGGUACUACCGCAUGGCCUUGGAGUGACUCGAGGACGAGUCUCGGUCUCUCAAGAAGGGGAAAAGUGUAAUGAAAAUGAGCUGCGGGCUCACGAACGAACCCACAUUCAUUACAAUAUUUCCAACGGUCCCCAAAGCACAAGUUAUUUUCCCAAACUGUAACUAGCUAGCUUUAGACCAAGCAGUAGAAUAAAGCUAGUUAAAGUUUUUCUUGAAGGCUAAAUUUGGCAUAUUUAUCUCCGUGUUUGGUGUCAAAAUGACGGAGAUUGUACUUUUUAACGACCGACAUCGCCUCAUAACACAAAACAUAUCGUUUUUUCUCCUUGAAAACAUGUAUUUGCUGUCCCCUCUUUCUUGAAACUGCCUUCCAUCCAGGGCCAGAUGCAGCCUGCUUUGAAUGGGGGUGCAGUUAUAAUUUUUUGGGUGUAUCAUGAUUACGGAGAGGAAUCGUAUUAUUUUGUAUAUUUAUACAAUUUUAGAGACUGCUUAUUGAUCCGAGUGUUAAUCAGACGCGGAGCCGGACCUUGUAAACAUUCGGUGAUUAGCCCAAAUUUAGGAUGUAUUCUGGGUUUGAGGUGAUGCUAGUGACUUCCACAAUUAAUGCGAGCGCGCACAGCGUGCAGCUGUUGCGCUGCAUUAAGGGAUUUGUAGUUUGUGUGUUAUUGGUGCUUCAUAUCGCCAGACCAUAAAAAGAAAAGAUAUUUGCCUUAUUCCAGAAGUCACGAUGGACGCGGCCAUCCACGUAAUCCCAUUUACGGUUUAGUUACUUCCUUGUUUCUAACAGUACUAAUUUAAGGCUAAUAGAGAUGCCCAGCGUCAACUGUGCAGUUCGUGGCUGCCAUAACAGCUGUAGAAAACUUAAUCUGACCCUGUCUUGUCAUUGUUUCAAGCAUGGAAAGAAGAGGUCCGAGUAUUGUGGGCUGACAUUUACUUAGCACCUACCUCCAACCAAAGUUGAGGAUCUGCGUCCCUGGCUGAAGGCGCUGAAUUUAAAAACCCCACCGAAGUUUCCUUUUGUCUGCUCGUAUCACUUUGUGGAUGGGUAAACCUACACCUGAACAUCCCUACCCAGAGAAAUGGUUGGGCUACAACGCUCCUCUGGACACCUCGGCGGGUGCUUGAAAGACAUACGCGCAAGUCUACUCUUUGCAUGUUAAACAAGCCUGUUGACAGGGUUCAUCCUAUUCACAGCCUGGUUGAUACUUAUCAACCCGAAAAUACAGUCUCCAGUGCGGGGCCUUGUGCCUAGAGAGUGUGUUAAUUGUGUUUAAUAAUAUCCAAUAUAAAAAUUAUGUGAUGCGUUUUAAAAUUGUGAAAA